AUGUAUGAGGGUCUCCUGGAGACUGGCCAGCCGGUGGUGAGCUGGGGGAAGUGGCCCAAGCUGAGGAGGGCUGACAGCCUAGGAGGGGAGAACGGGGGUGGCACAGAGUGGGGUCUGUGGGUGUCCCACAGAGCUCAGGCAACAGAGCCUCUCCUCCCAUGUGCUGCUGCAGGGAAUGGCCCCACAAGGAGGCUGCGGGGCUCGGAGGUCCUGGCUGGGUUGGCUCUGCUUGCCACCCUCUGGCUCCUGUGGCUGCUGGGGUCAGGCCCUCAGGGCACCCCGGCACCCCAGCCCAUGAUCACCAUCCUUAUCUGGCAUUGGCCCUUUACUGACCGGCCCCCAGAGCUACCCCGUGACACCUGUACCCGCUAUGGCACCAUCCGCUGCCGCCUGAGCACCAACCGAAGCCUGCUGGCCAGCGCUGACGCCGUGGUCUUCCACCACCGCGAGCUGCAGACCCAGCGGUCCCACCUGCCCCUGGCCCAGCGGCCACCGGGGCAGCCCUGGGUGUGGGCCUCCAUGGAGUCGCCCAGCCACACCCACGGCCUCAGCCGCCUCCGCGGCAUCUUCAACUGGGUGCUGAGCUACCGUCGCGACUCAGACAUCUUCGUGCCUUAUGGCCGCCUGGAGCCCUACUCAGGGCCCUCGCCACCACUGCCAGCCAAAAGCGGGAUGGCUGCCUGGGUGGUCAGCAACUUCCAGGAGCGGCAGCUGCGUGCCAGGCUGUACCGGCAGCUGGUGCUUCACCUGCGGGUGGACGUGUUUGGAAGUGCCAGUGGGCGGCCACUGUGUGCCAGCUGCCUGCUGCCCACCGUGGCCCGAUACCGCUUCUACCUGUCCUUCGAGAACUCUCAGCACCAAGACUACAUCACGGAGAAGUUCUGGCGCAACGCACUGGUGGGUGGUGCUGUGCCCGUGGUGCUGGGGCCCCCACGGGCGACCUACGAGGCCUUCGUGCCGGCGGACGCCUUUGUGCACGUGGACGACUUUGCCUCUGCCCGAGAGCUGGCAACUUUCCUCACCGGCAUGAACGAGAGCCAAUACCGACGCUUCUUUGCCUGGCGUGACCGGCUCCGCGUGCGACUGUUCGCUGACUGGCAGGAGCGCUUCUGUGCCAUCUGUGCCCGCUACCCCCACCUGCCUCGCAGCCAGGUCUAUGAGGACCUGGAGGGCUGGUUCCAGGCCUAAGCUCUGCUGGCCGGGGGAGGUGGGUAUGGGUGGAAGGGCUGGGUGUCGAAAUCAAACCACCAGGCAUCCGGCCCUUACCGGCAAGUACUGGGCUAGCGGGAGGCUGGGGACGGGCGUCAGGAAGCAGGGGCGGGGGUGCAGGUGGGAGCAGGAGCAGGCAGAGGGGGCAAGAGCGGGAGGGAGGCAACAGGUGCCUGCUGUCGGGGCAGACGGCAGGGGAAAGGCUGCCGAGGAUCCUCCCCACCUGAACAAAUCUUGUGUGGGUCAAGGCCUGGCUGGAAGAGGGUGAAAGGCAGGCCCCUGGGGCUGGGGACACCCCAGCCUACAGUUUGUGGGGGUCGAGCCUGGGACCCUGAGCUUCCUCUGUAGCAGAGGCACCGUGGUCCCCAGGACACAGGCACAGGUCCCUGCUGCACCCACAGUCCUGAGGUCCCUGUGUUCAGGCUGGCGCAGGGCCCAGGAGACCACAAGGAGCAAGUCGGCUUGUUCUGGGCUCAGGGAGGAAGGCAGAGGGUAAUAAAGACCUACACCAGUG